AUGUCAGCACCACAGAGAGAAAGAACUAUGCUCGAUCUUGUCUUCACCGUCUCUCGAGCAAUGCAAGCCAUCUGCCUUAUCUGUGUCAUCGGAAUGACAGCCAACUUUGUCAAUGAAAUGGUUCUUGCAGAGCAACAUCCUGUAGGAGAACUUGUGGGUACACUCGUAGUGGCAUGUAUAGCUAUGCUGUAUGUCUUGAUCACCUAUCUGCUUCACCACGACGACAAAAUCAUGUACUUUAUUCCGGCCGGAGGCGAUGCAGCUCUCCUGAUCGCCCUAAGCGUACUUUCCGUCAAAGUCGGCAAGCCACUUUCUUAUCUCGACUGCAUGGCUCUCUCUAGUUCUGAUGCCACCGGGGCAACUGGUAGCUUCAUUUCAAGCAUAAGCGCCAACUUCAAGAAGAACAACUACUGGAUCUGGGCCGGUGCCAACAAGACCACCUGCCUCGAGGUGAAGGCCGUCUGGGGAUUCAGCAUCGCAUUGUGUGUGCUUUUCUCUUUCAGUGCUAUCGUUGCUGCCUUGAUCGGGAAUCAAAUCAGACAGAACAACGCUGCGGCGAACAAGGCAAAGGAUAUUGAGGGAUAG